ACAAAAAUAUGCAUUGAAGAGACGCGAGGGAAAAGAACUAUUUUACGGGAAAUUUCACCUUUUUUGGGAGGGAAAUUUCCAUUUUCUUUUACAUUAAACAAUUUAGAAAAGUUUCAAGUAAACCCUUGAAUGGGUUCUUAAAUUUUGGUAGUUUUGAGGCUUCUGGGGCUCCUUAAAGCGUCGGUUUUCGAAGGCUUUAUGAAGAAGGAAGGAUUCAAAAUGGAGGAGAGCGAUGAUAAACCGUUCCAGUGUACGGCACCUGGAUGUGGACAGAGAUUCGCCAACAACGAUCACCUGGAAAGACACAAACAAAAGCACCAGCUUACUCUUAAAUUCGGCUCGCUAAAAGGAUCAGAUAUAACUGUUGCAGAUCAGACACCAACACCAACAAGAUUCUUAAGGAACUGUGAAGAAGAAGGACUCUUUCAAGAUUUAGAAAAUCCAUUUGAUCAGGAUUUCAAGAGAGCCACUGAUCAGCCUUCCAACUCAUCAAGCGCUCAGCCCACAGCUCAAUUGCCUUCUGAUCACAGCCAAACCUCAGUUACCAACAACACAGUUCCAACACAAAGUGUUAUUGUUAUUGAUGAUUCCUCGUCCAAGGUUGAGCUAGCACCACCAGUACAGAAUACUGCAACUACAGAAACAAAGAAGACAAUCAUAUCUGCUGCUCCAGUCUCAGUGCUUGUACGUGUUCCAGCUCAUAUUCCACCAGCAAUACCUGCUUCCAUAGCUGCUCCUAAUGCUCAGGUCCCCUCUGCACUACCAGUGCCAAGCCAUAUCCACGGACGUCUCAACUCUACCAGCAGCAGCUCAAUGCCUAUCCCAUCCAUCCCUACGCCAGCUAUUGUUACCAGUCCCAGUGCAAGUAGUCCUCCUUCCUUCAUGGGCAGUGCAAAACAGCGUCUUAAGGAGCAACUGAAACUCCACCAAGCUGCUCAGUCCAAUAAUAUCAUCCAUCGUGCCAUGACAGAAGCAGUUGACAUGGUAACAUCACAACAUAAUGAAAUACCAAGUCCUGGAAACCAUAUUAAUCACUCUCAGAAUCCAAGCACAAUUGUUGCUAACAGCAACAUCACUCAACAGGAUAUCAAGAGAGGAACAGGCUCCUCAAAACGUCCGCGAAGAACGCAAGAUGAGCUGGAUCCCGAUGAGCGAAGAAAACGCUUCCUUGAAAGAAAUCGAGCUGCAGCCACCAGGUGUAGAGAAAAAAGGAAGAUUUGGGUGCAGCAGUUAGAGAAAAAAGCUGAUGAUCUUAGUAACACUAACGCACAUCUGCAGGGUGAAAUAACUCUUCUGCGAACCGAAGUUGCUCAGUUGAAAUCUCUUCUUCUGGCUCACAAGGACUGCCCCGUCACAAUAGCACAGCAACGAAACAAUCAGAUGUUAAAUCAUCAAGUAGGUGAGCAAACAAAUGGAGUUAUAACAAGUAACUCUCACGCUGAUCCGGCGGCCUCGGCUGAAGAUGUCGCUACCAGUGCUCUCACGCAAAUGGCUCACCGAGCUACCCUGGAACUAGAAAAUCUCGCUGCUACUACGAUGUCAACUGUUUCAAAUCCGCAGGGAGUGAUAACGACAAACAGUAAUCCUAUAGGAGUGUAGAACAACAUGUCAUGCAGUGCUACAUAUAGAGACAGCAUACAUUAGGAGGGUGCGACCGGCGGCGCGUCAAGAUAUAUCAAUUAAUUAUGUCUAUUUAUGCAGAGUUCAAAGAGAACUGAUUAUAUUUGGACAAUAAUAUCUUGCUACAAAUAGCUGUGAGAGUGUUUUGUUCAACUUACCUCGUGAAAAUGUCAUUCUUAAUAUAAUACUAUCGCUUCAUUUAGUGUUCACUCGUUUUUACCAACAUAUUCAAUUUAUUUUACUUUUUAAGAGUGCAGCUAUACCCCAUAGAAAAGAGUUUUUGCAUGCCAUAGUUUGCACCAGUAAAUAGAGGACAAAUAGCUAUAAGAGUGUUUUGUGUUGAACUGCUGUUGGUGUCAGUGAAUAGCGCUGCUGGUGUCGCACGUACGUGAUGGUAACUCCGUUUAUUAUUAUUUAAACCACAAACUGUUUGGUGUAAGUCGUUAAUGUUUGUAUGCUGGUCUUGGCUGUGUCUUUUUGUACCGCUUGAGCCAAACGUUUGCGUCCGCGGUGUUUUAAUAAGUACUCGGCUGAAAAACCCAGUUUUAAGCCUACCUUAUCUAAAUGCAUCAUCAGUGUUUGUCUGUUGUGUUUCUUUAUUCUAUUUAUGUCAGUUGCGUAAGGGCCGGUGAUGGUGUUGUGUACUUGAAAUUGCCAUCACGAAUUUUUAGCCCAAAAGGGAUGAGCUGUCGGACCGGAUUUUAACUGAUGUCCAAGCCGUGGUGCUUUUAAAUAAGUCUGAUGAUUUAGCUGACGUGAUUUAAUAAUCCUUGUGUGUUUACACAGUAUAUUAUUAGUUAGGAUUGCCUUGAACAUUGUGUUGUAAUAUAUGAAGCCUUGUAAAUAACGACCAACAAAGGAUACACUUUACAACGGUCGCCGGGAAACAUCUUUAUUGUAGCUACACCUUGGUGUGUUCUUAAAUAAAGUGCAGUUUCUCACUCGCCUCCA